UCACGUAAAAUCUGUUUUAUUCCAGAUUUUCAAAAAUGGAGAAGAAGAAAGUAUUAGAAAACUUAGUAUUUAGUUUUCAUAGAUAGCUAAACUACAUUAUUGAGAAGGAGUCAGCAGUUCUAUCCCUGAAGGGGAAUUUAACUCGCUCAGCUAUCCUGAUGCCCGGGUCAACCUGGGAAAUCAGAUCAUACCUGUUCAAUCUGCACCCAGAGAAACAACUUCAGAAUGUCUGGAUAUGAUUUCCGUGAUGCCUGUGAAGCUGGAGACAAGGACAAGGUUUUAUCUCUCAUAAAACAGGUGGAUAUAAAUGAGACGGAUGAGUAUGGAUACACUGGUUUACAUAUGGCUGCUGAGAAUGGGCACCUAGAGCUGGUUUCUCUUCUCUUGGAGAACGGAGCAGGGAUUAAUAAACUUAUUUUUGAGAGUCUACUUACUCCUCUACAUCUCUCUCUUUCCAAGGGUAAGUUUGACAUUGCUAAGAAACUGAUUGAGGCCGGAGCUGAUGUAAACCUUAUCAGUCAGAUUGGUAUUUGUGGAACUCCUCUACACUACGCUAUAGUAAAGGAACAACUGGAUAUUGUCAAGAUGCUGAUAGCUAAGAAAGCUGAUGUGAAUCUUGUGGAAGAAAUGAACGGAUAUUCUCCUCUCUACCUCGCAGCAACCCUUAACCAGACUGAUGCGAUGAAAGAGCUGAUUAAAGCUGGAGCUGAUGUCAACCUGGUUGAUUAUGAGGAGAAGGCUCCCCUCCACUAUGCUGCAGCUAAUGGUCUAGGAGAUGUUGUUAAACUGCUUGUUGACAACAAGGCAGAUGUUGCAGUACAGAAUGGAGAGGGGCAGACUGCUGAGGAUUUAGCUGAGAAGGUGAAAGAGGACGAGAUUGUCGUCUUCCUGAAAGAAUGUGCCAAGGGAACUAUUCCAAGCAAGGCACCUGGAACUAAGGUGAGAGAAGCAAGAGAGUUCAGAACCAUAGUUCCUCUAGAGGGAUGUGGAGAAGGUUGUGCUAUGCCGGAAUAGGUCGAGAAGGUUGACUAGGAGAAGGUCUACGUUAAGAUCAAGAAGAUGAAGACGGAUGCAGAUCCCAAGUUUACUAAUAUUUCAAAAUUAAGAUAUAUUGGAGAAUAAUGAAGAUACUUAAAUUUGUUUAUAUAUUCCUAUGUACAUUAUGUACAGUAUGACUCACAAAACAAACUACCUUUAGAUAAGAUCGAUCACUUUAACAUCUUGCGGCACAUAAUCUUUCUGAUUAUUGCUUUAACAUAAUAUUUAUUGAUAAAUAAAAAACUGACAUGCAGAAUAAUAAAACAAAUCCUGAGACAUGUUUUAAAAUCGAAAUGUGGUGAUAGCAUGGUUUUAUUGUUUCGAUUAUCACACUGAUGUACCAUUAGAAUUGUGUUGUACAGAUUUUAAACGAUUUGUUAUUCCCAAAUAUCAUUUACCUGAACUUACUAACAAUAUUUUUAUAUUGGAUAUUUUUAAUAAAGAAUCCAAAUUGAA